UGUGACAUCACGAGCGCGUGUCUUAGAUACAUUGUUGAGUGCAGAACACGAACCGUCUGCCGCGACGCUGACGCGCACGGUUAAUUUCUGCUCCAUUAUAGAAAUUGCAAGAGAUGAAGCACAUAUCAAGAUACACCCCAUUGCCCCCGAGAUUAGCGCUUUCGACCACCCGUUGAGGGACUUGCUUCCGGCCAGCUCUCGCGGCAGCUUCGGUCUCAGCGUCAGCCCAGACAGCAGCACUGGUCCAUACAAAGCAUUACUUUGUAUUGUUUGGACCAGCAAGUGAAGCUGAAAUGGGCCGCGGGCUGAACUGGGGCGUUUUCAAUUCCUGGUGGCGAGAGCACCUCGCCAAGCACGGGGAGCGGCCCAAAGCGGAGGACCUGAAAAGAUGGUACACCGAGGAAUCACGUCGGGCCUUCCCUUCGGACCCGCCCACGUACACAAUGAUUCGCAACCACGCGAAGGGGCUGCGGGACAUCGCCGCAGUCAAGCACUAUUUCCGAGACUACCGGGCGCGCAAGCGGAGGGCGUUCGCGGACCUGGAGGGCUUGCCCACCAGCAAGCCACUGCAAACCGGUGAGCCAGGCGCAGCAGGCGAAGGUGGCAGUGGCAGCGGCAGUGGUGAUGACGCAACUGGCAACGCGGGAGGGGCAAGCCCCGCCGUGCGUGCACAGCACCCGGCGAGCGCGCAGCGGCCCCGGCGGCGGCAGGCUUGUGGUGGAGGAGGUGGCCGGGGCGGCGGCGGGCGCGGCCGUGGAAGCAGCUGCAGCGGCGAUACGACCGAGGUGGACACAGAGGAGGAAGAAGGCGGUGAGGACGGCAUGUCAUGUUCGUCGGAUGAGGACUGGUCCAGUGAGGGCGGCCCCAAGCGGCGGCGGCAGCAGCAGCAGCAGCAGCAGCAGCGCCGGCGCGCUCCGCGACAGGCGGCUGCCGCCCUUGCACCGUGGAGCGCGACUGCUGUGGAGCAGGCAGGGCGGACGGUAGACACAGACCUGGCCUUCGGCAGCGGCGGGCGCGGAGGGGCGCAGGCUCCCUGGGCCCCUGAGCAGGGACUUACGCUCUCCGUAGCUCGAGACACGGCCUGUGGCCCGCCGGCAAGCCCCUCCCACCAGCCCCCCUACCACCAGUACCAACCGGACGGGGACGUCGGGGACGUGGGGUUAGAGGACCUGCCCACUGUCACGGUGCGUGUCACUAGCGGCGGUCGCGGAGCCGCCGGCGCGCUGUCGCAUGCCGGGAAGCAGGCGUGUGGCGACUGCGACGACGCCAUGGACGCAGCGGCCGGAGCGACGGUCCAGUGCAAGCGGGAGCCUGACGCAUGCGGGGAGGAGGCAGGCACGCCCACCAAGCGCCUGGCCAUGGGGCGCGGCACGCCACGGUCGUCCUUCGCGCCCUUCUUAGCUCGCAUCCACGCCCUGCCACCCGCGUCGGCGCGCCCACGAGCCACGGCUACGGCUGCAGCGUCGGAGCCGCCUGCCGCGAAUCCUUCCAGCAUGGCACGUGGUGGCCCCUUUUCCGCAGCGGCCGCAGCGGCACUUGCCGGUGCGGCGUUGAAGGGAGCCGCGCCGGCUGGCGGCGCCGCUGCAGUUGCGGGCACUGCUGCCGCCGCCGCUGGAGGUCAUCACGAGGAGGGGUUGUUCAUGGGGCUUCACGGCGUCGGCGGCACGCCAGCCGGCGGCGCUGGCAGCCUCGGCCUGCGCGAGUUCACGGGUAGCGUGUCCAUUGGUGGUGGCAACGGCGGCGGCUGCAGAGGCCGUGGCUGCGUCACGAGCGGCUCGUUAGCGCUGACCGUGGCUGCAGCGGAGGGAGGGGCGCCAGGCAACGGCGCUGGAGGCAGCUCCAGCGGCGCAGGCGCCAGCGGAGGUGGAGGCGUUGUUUCGCCGUCAGGCGGCGGCAGCCGCGGCGGGAGCUUGACCUCACAGCAGCAGCAGCAGCAGCAGCAGCAGCAGCAGCAGCAGCAGCAGCAGCAGCAGCAGCAGCAGCAGCGGCAGCAGCAGCAGGUCUGGACGCCGUUCGCCAUCACAGUGCCGGGCGCCGCGUCCGUCACGGCGCCUGUGGGCAGCUUCGGCCGCGGGACGGGGCCGCGGCAGAGCACCAACAAUAAUGGGGCGAUGGGCACCGAACCCGCUGCCGCUGCAGCCGCUGACGCUGCAGCAGCCUCUGCAGCUGGUACCGGAGCCACCCCAGCACGUGAUGUGGAUACGGCGGCGCCAUCGUCUGACGGCGCACCGGAGGCCACGGAGGCAGCGGCGGCGGCCAAGCCGCAAGCAAAGCACUCUGUUUGCGGCGAGGCGGCGGUGGCGGCGGCUCCGGUGGUGACGCCCGCCGACGCGCCUUCCAACGACUCUGACGCUACACGCCUUGAGCUGGUGCUUGGAGGCUCAGACGAAGCUCAUGCCGCGGCGGCAGGCGCUGCUACAGCCAACUCGCAGCCUGGGGCUGACCAAGGCCGUACACCUGCAGCUGCAUCGCUGCUGGGUCUGCACCACCUCGAAGAUGGCUCGGGCUCCGGGACGGCGCGUGCCGCCAGCGGCACCUUUGCCACGCUUGCCACGCUGCCCCCUUCGCCUGCGCUGCAUCACCCGCCGCCGCCGGGCGGGUACCCUCGCGCAGAUAGCCCAGCCGGCGCCGCGGCGCGCCGCGGUGCCGGGCCUUGGCUCCACCACCCCGCCCACCAUGCGCACCUGCUGUCGCUGGCCGCCGCCGGCCGGGCCGAAUCCAGCCCCCUUUCACAUGCAUCGCCCCGCGCCCAUCUGCAGCUCCAGCUACAGCACGGCGGCCUCGACAACAGCGGUGGCUGCCAUGGUGGCAGCGGCAGUGCAGGUGUAGCGGCGGCGAUGGCAGCGGGAUCGGGGCCGGGCAGUCCAGCCGCCUGGCCGCCGGCGCACCUGGCGGCCUGUGGGCGGCAGAUGUCACUGCCGAACCUGCCCCACCUUGGUGAGGGCGCGCUCCCCGGCAGCUCACACGCCAGCGCCGUAGCAUCUCCUGCGCUCCGCGCGCCGCCGGCGCUGCACCCCAGCACGCAAACUGCGGCUGCGCCUGUGGGCCCGCCGCCAGUCACCACUGGUUUUGCGCCCAGCAAGAACCUCCGCAAUGCCGGCCCCGUCAGCGCGUCGGCAUCGGCCGCAGUUGGCGGCGGCAGUCCGUCCAGCCCCAGCGGCGGCGCCAGCCCGGCAGCACUGCGGCCGCCGCCCGUGACAUCCCUGACGCGCGGAGUUGCGACGCCGCCGCCUGGCGGCAGCGGAUGUCUGCCUAAUGCCAUGGGCGUGGCAGCAGGCGCGGGCCCGAUGCCGCUUCAGGAGGACCACUCGCCUAGCCCGCGUCCGGGAGCAUACCCGGAUUGGGCAACGGCUGGUGCCGCCGCCGCGGAGCCAAAUCCGUCGACCAGCAACACAAGCGCGGAUGGAGACGCCGCGGCUCCGCCGCCGCAGCCGCCGGGCUGGGGACCUAGGCCCGGCCCGCCCUUCGUUCGCGCGCGGUGGUACCCACACGGCCAUCCCAACCCGCACCACCCGGGUGGAUGGUACCCCUACCCGUACCCCUAUCCGCCGCACCUGAGCCCGCACCAUCCCUACCCGGGAGCGGCGGGCUCGCCGCCUGGCGCUGCCGCCUCGCGGCCCGCCGGCAUGCCGCCGUACCCGUACCUCGGCCCGUACGGCCCAGUGCGGCGGCGCUACACGUCCGCGCCCUCCCAGCCCUUCCCCCACUUGCAGCACCCCCAGCAUUUCUAUGCCACGCCGCCUGGCGCCGGCGGCGCAACGGCGGGGGCGCCCGGCCCAAGCCGCUUGGCAGGCGGUGCGCGCGGCCCUGAUGGCAGCCGCGCCGCGGCGCUUGAGCUGCUCGCGGCGGACCCGUGGAUGGCUCAGGGUUAUGAGGACGUGCGGCCGGCAGGCAUGGCGUCCGCAGCGGCUGCAGAUGCAGGCGCAGCUGAAGGUUGUGGAGGCGCCAGCGCCAGCACCAGCAGUGCUGAUGCCGACCCUGGCGCCGCGGGCGGCGCCGGUGGGCGCUUGCUGCCGCUGCCGCUGCCGCUGCCAGCAGGCGCCGACCGGGCCGCAUCACCCCACCCGGCCGCUGUGCCGCACGGCGCGCAUGCCCCUACCUGGCCGCCUCCGUCCAGUGCAGCAGCCCACAACUACUAUCGCCCCUACGCUCGGCAGUCCACUGCUGACACAUACGGCUUUGGCAACGAGUACGCUGGGGCUGCAACCGCCGCCGCCGCCGCCGGUGGAAUCGGUGGAAUGGGUGGCGCGCCACGGACCUCCAAUGGUGCCGGCAGCGGCCAGGGCAGUGGCGGUGGGGGGCUGGAUGACCUGUGGGGCAUGUGUGAUGACCAAAUGAUGUCGCACGUGCUGGACAUGUUCGAUAACAACGAAUUCCCGCCACACGCCAGCCAUCUCACCCACCCCGCCCAGCACAACCCUUUCGGAUCCGGCAACGCUGGCGGUGGUGGGCUGCCGCAGCCGCAGUCCGCGCCGCACAUGCCGCAGCCGCACUCGUCGCGGCUGACAGCUGUCGGCGCUGUUGGGUCCGGUGCGGCGGCUGCUGGUACGGCACCGGCCGGCGCCUGGCAGGUCGCGGGGCCGGCGGGGAUGUGGCCGGCUGCUGUGGCGCCUGGUGGCGGCGGCCUGCCGUACUACUGCACGACUGCAGAUGCGACCAGUAGCGGCGGCGCGCCUCCCCAUCAUGCGCCUCAUUAGAAUGCCAAGUGCGCGAUGCGUGCAGCGGCGGCUGGGCCGCGGCUGGGCCGCAAUGCGCCGUUACAGCGUAGGCAAGGGGUAUAGGCACGGUAGGUAACUAAAGUGAUUGAAGACAUAGCAGGUUGCGUGUGUGUGAUGCCGCUGACGACCAGAUGGUGGUUGCUGCGCCUCACUUGAUUCAUAUGCAGUAGUUGCGAAGGGAAAUGUGCAGGCGGACAUGACGUGUGCGAAUGUGUGUACGCAGUCAUUGAGCGGUGAGGAACGACAGUGUGCAUUUGCGGCGGGCAGUUGUUGGUUAUAUCCCGAAAAGCCGCGCUGAGAAGCCACGGACUUUUUGUUGUUGUUUACCGUAGUUAUGAAGUUCAGUUGCAUCUCUUUGUACUCUACUGCUGGCAAGUCUUACUCUUCCUUCCUCUAGUUCGUUGUCUUCCUUAAGCUCUAGUGUAGUACCUGGCAGUUCCAAAUUGAGCAUCCGCAUAUCUGCACCCGUGUCAUUUCCCCCGCCUACCCCCGCUGGCUGAUGGGUAUCUCGUGGAUACGCUGCUGUGAUCUGAGGGAAACAUUGAUGGUAGGAGGUGGCAUUCUUAUGGAACAACGCAGGUGCAACCCCUACUGGGGUUACUGGAUACUUGGAGCAAGUGAUCACUUCCGUGUAUCGCGUCUGUGCUUUGGUACUGACAGGGCAGGAUGUGCGUGUUGAUCAACAGCAGCAAAACGAAGCCCGCCCAGACAGCGCCGGAGUUAUGUGUGUGAUUGUGCUGCUGGCUGGAGUGUUGCUGGUGGGCGGCACUAAAAGAUCCUUUCUGUAACUUAUGCAGCAC